AUGAAGGGAGCGGUCGCUGGUGUGCAGCCUGCAGUUUUGAGUGCUAGGGCUGCGGCGAUCAUUCUUUUGCUGGGAGGCCCACCGGUGUUGCCCGACAGCAAUGACUUAACGUCAUUGACUGGCUUCUUAGUUGCCCUCCGUGAGUCGGAUGUGGACUGGAAUCCAGAUGAGAAGGACUGGCGGCCGAAUGAGGCGGUGCUGAUAGAGGUGCCGUGGCCAAAGUUGCCUUUCAAGUUCCCGCCGAAGAAGGAGCAUGAGUAUGAGGAGGUGAAGGUCGAGCAAGGGGAGAUGGCGGAGGAGGUGAAGGUCGAGCAAGAGGAGGUGGCAGAGGAGGUGAAGGUCGAGCAAGAGGAGGUGACGGAGGAGGUGAAGGUCGAGCAAGAGGAGAUAGUGGAGGAAGGUGUUGAAGCUGCCCUGAAGUCAUGUGGAUAUGCCCCAGAAGCUCACCGUGAACCACCUGGAGAUGAACAUGGAGAUGAAGACCAAGUAUGGCAUGACUCGCAGGAUACGCAAAAUGGCAACAUUGGCAAGAAUGGCAAGCAGAAGGUGAACAACGAGAUGAUCCAGAUCAUCCAGCUCAAGGAGAAGAUGAACAGCAGCAGCCAGCGCACGGAUGGCACAGACGAGAUGAAGAUGAGUGGCAAAACGACUGGCAGCCACGCGAAGAUCACCAAGAUGGCUGGUGGCAAGCUGCAGAACAAGAUGACUGGCAGGGCAAAUGGAGCUGGCCAAGCUGGCAAGGUAGUUCCAGCAAGGGUACUUGGGACUCCAGUCCCUGAGGCAACAUCAAAGCCAAAAGCAAAGGCGAUGCCGAGGGAACAGCGAAGAGAGACGGUGGGGCAGGUGGCAAAGGAAAUUGAGAAGGAGGGUGCGAUAGAGGGAAAUGAGAUGGUGGAGAAGGUGGCGAUGGAGAAGCCACAGCAAGAGGUGAAAGUUGAAGGAGGUGGAAUGGUGAAAGAGGCCAACAAAAGUGGGAACAAUGAUGUGAAGUCCACGACGGGUGUAGAACAGCCGCAAAGCAGUGUGUUGGUCUACAUCCCCUACCUGCAGCAUAUCAUUGAUGCUAUGGGCCGAGAUCAUGUCAGGCAACAGAGCAAAGAGACUAUGAUGGUGAACCGUUAUGUAGAUCACGCAGGCUCAGGGACUGCUACCACAGCUGGAUAUGCCUGUGACCCUAUGGAGCCUGCACCUACAGUGCCUGUGCCUACUGCCAUGGAGUGCAGUGCAGAAGGUGAAACCCGGGAUACCUUGCCAGCAGUGCCUCCUCUUCCAAAGAUGGGCUUGGGCAAUGCGGGUGAUGCGGCAGCAUUGACCUGUGCACCACAUAACCUGAUACAGCAGUCUGCAGUGUCACCAGUCCCAACAACGGUGGAGAGCCCCUCAACGCCUGUGUCUACCCCGGCAAGCACCCCCAUGAAGGGCAAAGAAGGUCUCAACUUGGUUAAUGCAGCGAGCCCAGAAACAUACAAAGCAUACUGGUCCAAGUUCAAACGACCUGCUCCUUCCCCGACACCAGAAGCAGAAGAAGUCCAGGCAGCAGACACAGAAGCAUCUGAAGCAGCUGCAGCAGUCGAAGUGUCUGAGUCUGUCCUGAGCCUGAGCCCUGUGUAUCCGGACAACCAGUUGGGUGAUUCGUCGAUCAUUCAACCUGGCUUUGAAUUCGAGAAUACUUUGCGGGAUUCUCAGGCAGCAGGUACCUUGGAGAUGGUCCCAGCAGCUGCAGUGCCAAGCAGCACAGCCAUGGCAAAAGCACCAGCACUUGCAACUACUCCUCAGCAGCAUGUGGCAGUGCAGCCUGAACCUGUGGCAACUCGGCCCCUGGAACCUGAGUGUGUGCCAGCUCAGCCUCCACAGCCUGACUCUCAGCAGCCUUUGGCAGCUCCGCCUGCACAGCCUGAGCAUCAGCAGCAGCCGUUGGCAGCUCAGCCCCCACAGGACACUCAGCAGCAGCCUGAUCUUCGCCGGCUCGUGGCAACAGAUCAGCUUCCAACGCCAUCACCUUCGGAGGCUUCUGAGAUGGAAGCUGACUUAGAAGUACUGCUCAACAAAAAGGAGAUGAAGGAGGAUCAGAAAUCCACACCUUUCCGUCCAAACCCCGAUGAUGUGAAAGCGGCGUUGUUGAGGAAAACAACGGUUGACCUGAUGCCUCCACCUGCAGUGCCCAAAAGAACACAAGCAGCAGCAGCAGCAGCAGCUCCACCCCCACCGCCUGCUGUUGCGGAAGUUGCAUCAGCUAUGCAGGUGGCCCCAAAAGACUUGAUGUCCCACACUUCCGUGGUCAUGAACCUUGGGGGGGUUUUGCAACCUGUGUGGGUGCCUCUCACAAAGGAGCAAGCCCUGGCCGCAGGGUUGACGCUCAGUCCGCUCAGUGACACAGCAACAGCAGCCCAAACUGAGCAAGACAAAGGGGUGGACUCACAGCCUCCGGCACCAACACCACCUGCACCUGCAGCAGAAGGGCAGCUUGUUCCUGCCACGGGUGAUACUCCUGCCACUGCAGCACCCAAGUCUGACGAAUCCCGCGAAAUGAAAAAUGCAUAUAUGAGAUUUCACCGAUCGAUUCACAGUAAGCAGUGCCCACCUGAGAUUGCGAAGCGAUUCCGUGAGAUCAAAGAGAAAGGUGGCAAAGCCAGCCACGCGGAACGAUGGCAGCUGUUUGAGGAGUUCUGCCAAUGUGGUGAAGAUUGGGCUCAGUCGCAAUUGCUCAUCAGCAUCAAGGACCUCCUGAAAAAGUACCACGACAACGAGCACCUGGUGAAUGCUUUGAUCGAAGCGAAGGAGAAGGAGAAUCAAUGGGAGUGGAAUCCGGAUGUGCCUGAUCUGAAGAUGUACUGGUGCUGGGACAGCACCAAGGAAAGCUCCUCAUCGCGAGUGCAACAGUCGGUUGAAGUGUCCAAGGAUGGGCUGUUGGACCAUGAGACCGGAAAGGAUCUGCUGUCGAAGCCAUUGGAGCUGAUGCCUGGCACUUUUACAACUCCAACCCUCAUGACCCCACCUGCGCAGAGCUCUGGAGGUCCUGGCCCUGGACAAGCACCUGCACCUGUGAAGGCCAAGGCUGCUCCAAAGCGGGGAGCCGAUAAGGCAACUAAGGUUCCCAAGGCCAAAUCCUUUGAGCAAGAAGCCAAAGGUGCGGCGUUGGCGACGGGCAAAGAAGGAUCUGAUCUGGUUCCUGACACGCAGGAGAUGGUGAAGGUGAUCGCGGCUUACAAACUAGCUGCUACAGCUGUGAAGAACUUGGUUCCCAAGGAAAGCGGUGGCCACUGCUCGGAGCUGACCAAGCGCAUCAGCCGGAUUGGUGCCUCUGGCAGGCGCCCGGCCAAUGCGGAGAGGGACCUGCUGGCGGCUUUGCGACUGCCUCUAGACAUGUAUUUCGUGGAGGUGCCCAUCAAAGACACUGCAUCUAAUGACAAGACAGCGACCGUGAUGAUGCGAGUUCCCAUGGUGCUGCCCCAUGAGCUCCUGUGCUACUUAGCGGAAAACAAAAAAGUUUCCUGGAAAACUCAAGAUGUUACAGAAUACUGGGACCAUUGGGAGAAGUAUGCUCCCACACUGCACCCAGCUAUUGCAGCUGGCAAACGACAUGUCCCAAUUGGGAUCUCUGGGGACGAUGCCAAGUACACUUUGGCAGGGGCCAAGCUCAUCAUUAUGAUGCUGAACUUUGUGGUACAAAACACCAUGAGAUCGGACCUGACCAGAUUCACCUUCUUCGUCCUGCGUUGUGAACUGAGUCUGGGAGAACGCUCAUUGGCGGUGAUUGGAUUCUCCCCACACCUCAUCAAGUAUUGCAGCAAUUUGAACUGCAUUGCGUGUGGAACCACACUCAGCGAGCAUUUGGCGGCCAUGACGAAAGAGUUCAAUCGAUGGUGCUCUUCAAUGAAGAUCAGGCACUACCAGCCACCUAUCUGUGCCGCCCUCCUGACGGUGAAGCCCCAUGAGGCCCCUGAAUUAAGGAUCAAGGCCUAUGCAGGCAGGGUUCUCCUGGCCUUUUUUCAAAGGAAGGUCGCUGCGCUCAUCAGUGAGCCUGGCAUUGAUGACCCUGAGCUUGUGCUGCUGCAUGGGGUUUUGACUUCAAUGUGCCAAUGGUUCUUGAAAGUUGAAUCUGCUGGCCGGUACUUAUCUGCGGAAGAAGCCCAGAUUAUUUGGGACACUCACCUGCAGUUCCUUGCCUUGAAUCACGUUGCCAUGGCUUGGUUCAUGGCUUGGCUCAUGAUGUUGCAGUUUCUGCAUGCAUUCCAAGAGCUCAAUUUGGAGAUGUUGGUAUGCCGAUAUAACU